CAUAGAUAAUGCAAAUGCAAAUAACAAAAAGGAAUAAGACAAUUUUUUGUAGAGUAAAUAUUUAGUUUUUUUUUUUUUUCAUAAUUGAAAAUGAUAUCCUUAACGCUUAUUGAUGUUCCAGUAUUCUUAGCUCCUGUUAUAGCUGUUGUAAUUCCAUCAGUAUUCGUUUUUUUAUGGGGCCUAAUAAGUGGUGAUUUUAAAAAUUUCAAAGGAAGUAAAAGGGCUUAUACAGAAUUUACAGCCACUGAUGCAGUAAAUUGUUAUUCCAAUUACAAGAAGAGCUCAUGAAUGCUUGACAACCACUUCUAAAUAAGUUUAAUUCAGGUUCCUUUAAUAUAAUUAGAUAUGUUAUCUUUUCAAAAUGAAAAUAAAGUAUAAUUAAUAUAAGUGAA